UUGAGUGAAAAUGUGCUAAUAAAGUGAUAUUCUUGCGCAAAAACGGCGUUUCGGUGUGGACCAGCAUGAAGCCGUGCUGCGACAAGAGUAAGACGAUGGCGGACAGUGCAGUGAAUGUGCAGAAAGCGGAUGAUAAAUAUUGUACGCAUCAGCAGCAGCAUCAGCGAACAAGUGCAGCGGUGCCCACCAGCAGUGGUGACGGGGGAUCAAGCAAUAAUAAUAACACGAACAACAAUAGUAGCAACAGGAGCGGCAGCGACUGCCUGGCGCAUUCUGCAAAAACACAUCCGACCGUUUCGUCCACUGCGGUGGCGAGUGUGAAAUCGGGCGCGGAUUCUUCCACCAACGCUACGGUGAAUUUUACCACCACAACAGCAUCAUUAGCACCGUCAUCAACAAGCGCAGUGGCAGUUGUUGCUGCUGUUGCUACUGCUACCGCCACGGCGGGAACGGGGAAGAUGGUUGUUGAAAAUGAGCAGGCUCCCAAAAAUCACGUAGACCACACGACAGUGAAAAUGAGUGCUAAAAAUAAUGAAAAAAGUUCAACGCCGGUUAAGGACGCCCAACAGGGCAGUGUACGGAGUUCCGAUAAUGGUUUAACUAAAAGUCACAAAAAGAAAAAGAGUAAAGAAAAAGAUCGCGAACGAGAUCGGGAUCGGGAUCGUGACAAGGAUUCAGAUAGAGAUCGAGACCGUGCUAAAGAUCGCGACAAGGAACGGGAUCGUGAUAAAGAUCGUAAACGACGCCGUUCGGAGGAUGACACUUCCAGCAUGGGGAAUGGUAAGCGUGGCAUCAAGGAUGGCAGCUGUACCAGCAAUACUAUGCCAGGUUCGCGCUCGGAAUCGGUUGUAAGCACCAUCGAACCUUCGGCUGAGCCAACAGUUUCUUCCUCUACCUUUGCCGGAACAGCGUUGAUACAGAACAAAGAAAACCACCAUCAACAGCAGCUGGCUGGCUUUGCGGCCGCACACCAAACGAUCAAGCGGGAACUAUCGAUCGAGACGGCUUCCUCGAUCGCCGUGCCGAAUGCGGCGUCCGCCACUGCACUGCUACUGGAGCACAGCGCUGCGGCCAUCGUGUCACCUGUUGCGGCAGCAGCCGCCGCUGCAGCCGCUUCCAUUUCAGGCACCCCGAUAUCCCCCGUCAAUUUGCUGCUCAACUUGGAGCGCAGCAAAAACGAACUUGCGAGCGUGAAAAAGCAGGACGUUUUCAUUAAAAAAGUGUACCUGCCCGCGAAGAACAAGCUAACAAAGCCGGAAAAAACACGCGACGAUGUUACGAGAGCGUUAAACUUUGGCAGCGAAGGUGCGCCAGAUGCGGUGGACAGCGUACCGGUGUCAAGUGGAGUGACGGUACCGACAGAAGCGACCACAUCGAUACCGACGGUCAAUGGCAACGGUGGUAGCAUCGGUUCGCCUGGCCAUGCCGUUAGUAAUAACACGAGUAGCCUCAUAUGCGUUGCAAACAGCAUUGCAACCAACCUCAGCAACAACAGUACAACUGCAUCCAGCAACUUAAUAGCAACUAGCAAUAAGUCAAAUUCAAACAUAUUAAUCAUGCUUGAGUCACCGAAAAACGUGGAAGAAAAGGUAGACAUUAAGAAGGAACCGAUGAAUCAUCACAUCCAUCAGACGGAAACCGUUUCUUCGUUGACGGAUAGCGCACCAGUCAAUGGAGGAACGGUGAAGGAGCAGAAAGACAAACUUUUAAACGGUAUAGCUGAUAGUGUGAUGCAGAAGGAAAAUUCUGUCGUUAUAAAGAAAGAGGAACCAGUCGGUGUAAAUCCAACGACGGAAACACCCGUAAAAAGCGUCCAUUCGAUAUCGGACAGCACAAAACCAGACGGUCCGGGAAGUGUGCACAAGCUUGGCAACAGUUCUUCUUCGGCACACAAAAGUGCCAGCGGUAGCCGGGAAUGCUCACGUUGUUACAAACGAUCGAAAAUUAAGCGCGCCAACAUAGGCAUCCAGUGUCGACGAGGUGCAACGUCCGGGAUAGCAUCGCAAUCGCUAGAUGGUGGCUUUGGCAAUGAAUCGACGGCAAGAAUCGGGUCAAUUAAUCGCAAUGCAAACUGUCACCUUCGUUCGAAGCACCUCGACGGUUUGAAGUAUGGUCGGUUCAUGCGUAUCGAGGUACAUCCCAACGGUGGCGCAUCGGUGGUGCAUAUGUACCAGGAUGAAAUAAGCGUUCUUUCCGACACGGAGAUGGAAGAAUUGGUGCAAGAAUUUUUCCAAGUCGUGUUUGCCGAAGAUGACGACGGCUUCGCAGACCAUGUGAUGGGAAUUGUACAUGAUGCGGCCGCCUAUUUGCCCGAUCUGCUGGAACAUAUGGCAGAGAACUACGCUAACCUUACUGUUAAGUCGGGUGUGCUGGGGCGUAACUCGGACAUUGAAACAUGCACAAUGACUCAGUACAACGAACAGGUGGUUAAAAAUUACUCCCAUGGUACCGUACGUUAUGGACCAUUGCAUCAAAUCAGUUUGGUAGGGAAGGUACACGAGGAAGUCGGUGGAUAUUUUCCUGAUCUUCUUAAACGCCUGGAAGAUAAUCCAUUCCUGAACAAGGCAAUGCCAUGGGGUGAUCUAUCUAUCGUGCAGAUGGAUCCACGUUUGUCGAACGAUGGACCAAUAUUAUGGAUACGGCCAGGCGAGCAGCUUGUUCCUACGGCAGAAAUUAAUAAAACUCCAUUAAAGAGACAGAGGACACGUAUAAACGAGCUGCGUAACUUGCAAUACCUGCCGCGGUUGUCGGAAGCUCGUGAAACAAUGAUCGAAGAUCGCACCAAAGCCCAUGCCGAUCAUGUCGGGCAUGGUCACGAUCGUAUGACAACUGCCGCUGUUGGUGUAUUAAAAGCGGUCCGAUGUGGCAUACCAGAUGACUUAAAUCGCAUAACAAAGGACGUUGUUGCUUUCGAUGCGCACUGUUUCCCUCAUCUCGUGGAAAAGCUACAACUCGAUCUGCACGAACCACCAAUAUCACAGUGCGUUCAGUGGGUCGAAGAUGCCAAAUUGAAUCAGCUGCGCCGGGAAGGUAUCCGCUAUUCCCGGAUCUCACUGUACGAUAACGAUAUCUACUUUUUACCCCGCAACAUUAUACAUCAGUUCCGCACGGUAACGGCGGUCACGAGUAUCGCUUGGCAUUUGCGCCUGAAACAGUACUACCCGGACCAGGACGUGGUGCAAGAGAUUGCCAACGGGUAUGAGGUGGAUCCGCCACACUACAAAGAGAAGCAAACUAUUCUACCUCAUCCUGUGUCCGUGGAUGAGAAAAAGCAUACGCCCGUGAAGCGUAUGCACGAUGGGAAACCAAAGAAGGUAGAACUUAAAAAGGAACCACUGCCCACAAUCCCGCAUCCAUUGUCGGCCGGUGCAACCGUACAGAACAGUACGGAAAAGCCAUCCAAAAUGGAAGACGCGGUGGACAGCUGUGCGUUGAAGGAAGCGAAGAUCGACAUGAGGAAGCUGAUUCGCGACGAUAAGUCAAGUGAUUCGCUUCGAACACCAAGCAAAUCGGGAAGUAGUUCGUUAACUUCCGGCAAGGGUUCUGAGAAGAAAAUGAGCAACAGUAAGAGCAGUGCUAGCAACAGUCGUUCGAGUUCUCCAUUGCCCUCACACAAGAACAAAACCGAUGAUGGCAAAGGCGGCAAACAUUAUUCGAGCAGCGAUCGAAAUCGAGACAGAGACCGUGAACGUGAUCGCAAUCGUGAUCGGGAUAAGCGAGACCGGGAGAAGAAGGAGCAGCGAUGCAGAGACAAGGAACGCGAUCGUGAUCGUGACAGAACCCGUGAUCGGGAGCGGGAUCGCGACAGAGAGCCAGAUCGGGAGAAGGAACGCAGACAUCACAAACAUCAUUGCAGUUCAUCCUCAUCGUCCAGCCGCAAGUCAUCGACGUCGUCGUCAUCGCACAAGUCUCGCCACGAAAAGCCAGGCACUGGCGAUGGUAACAUCCAUGGCAGCAAAUCAUCGUCUCAUUCGACACCAUCAUCGCACAGCAGUAGUGCAAGUAGUAGUCGGCGUGAGUCCACCUCAAGUACGACUCGUGAGAAGGAGCAACUGGUAGGUCCACUAUCAAUGGUGCCACCGAUAUCCACAGAAGUAGAGAUCGAGGCGACUGCAAACUCUCUCAGCGUAACGUUCGAUCCAUGUCCUGUCGAUGCGCUUUCCAAACUUGCCCCCGUUAAUGAGCUGCACACGAAUGGGGCUUCUGGAGAGGGUCGAGCAAAGUGUGAACAAGUACCGAUCGUGAAGAAGGAUGAUGGUAUGAGUAAGUUGGAAGAUCAUCAUGCGCCACGAAACGAUAGUUGCCCAAACAACGCUGAGACUGUGAUAGCUUCAAGCGAGGCAAAGAAAACAAUGGUAUCGCCAAAGGAGCCCAACCCGGUCCCACAGUCCGACGAUGGUAACGUUACACCAAAGGCCGAGAAACGAAAGCUAGAAUUGGAAACGCAAACGAAUGGUGACUACAACAUUGCAGAUACUCAGCGGGCAGCCUCGGUGUUACAGCGGAUAGCAGCGCCCGAGAAUGCUACGGCGACUCCAAAGCCUCCGAUGCAUCCGCAAGUGCAACCGCCAUUGCCGAUCUCAUCGCCUCCCUUAGUCCCGCCGCCACCGCCCCCACAAGAGCACCGUGAAUUGCAUACGCCAACGGCAACACGGGAGCAAAGUUCUCCUUCCUCUACAGUUGAAGCGAGGAAAAGUAUUCAACCGACCGAUGCUAGCCAUCCGAGCAAUAGCAGCAGUAGUAGCCAUAGUUCUUCUAGCACCAGGUGUAAUAGUAGUAGUAGUGGUAAUAGUAGCAGCAGUAGCAAUAGAGAAGCCACUAGUGAUAGCACCAAAAGCGGCAAUACCUGUAUCACUGAUCGAAAUAUCGAUGCUACGGCGCACGGCAAAAAACAAUCCAAUGAUUUAUUGAGCACGAUCAUGGCUAGCAUGGAAGGAACGACGAACCGAAGUGCUACCAACUUUUAAUCGUCUCCAAGCAAUCUCUUUGUCUGGGAGCAUUGUAUAAAAAUCGUUUUGUGUAUGCCUUAGCUUAUCUGCAAGGCUUGAAAUGUGAUGAUGUAUGGGAAAGUGAUCGUCAUUCCUCUAAAUUAUCCUAAAUUAAUGAGAAUGGUUCUGGUUGAUGGCAACAGUUUUUUGUUCACUCAAUUCGUAUUCCCACUUUUGGGUCUUUUAAAAUUUGUUUCGUGUUUGUGCAAUAGCUCGUUUACAGGACGCUACUACUAUCCUAUUUUCAGUUUGGUUCUAUUUUGAUCUCUUUUAAGAUGUACUAUAUAUGUUUUAUGUGAUCAAUAUGCAGCCUUUCGCGUACCGAAACAUGCUCGGUAAUGCAGUGGUUUACGAGAUUUACUCACUAAUGUUUGUUGAACAAAUCUCUAAACCCGCAGCAUAAGGCUUUAUUAUUUAUCAAAUGGAGAUAAAAACCACACUUGUUUAGGCUCUAUUAUUUUAAUAUCAACUUAAAAAUGAUGUGUAUAGCAGUUUUAUGUUAAUGUUAUUCUCCGCCAAGCAGAAAACAGAAGCUUAAUCAAGUAGUUAGUGAUUUAUGCUGCUUUAGUUUAGUCUGCAACGGUCGUUAGCAGGGAGGAAACGAUGUUUUGAGCAAUGCACAUACAAAACAUAUACUGUACAUGAGAUGAAGAUGUGACUUUUACAGCUGCUAAUCUCCAUGUUAGGGUUACAGAAGUUUGCUACUGGGAAUGCGCAAUUAAAAGAAUAGAAGGGUUCUUUUAUAACAAAGUGGAAAAAGCGGUAACGUGAAACGCACGGAAGCAGACAGCAUUGAUCAAUCGCGAUACGUCUCCCAAUUAUUUCAGACCGUGUUUAAUGUUAUAAUUUAUAUAAUUUAUAUUUUUUAGUUUACAUGCUUAAGUUCGACCCUCCUGCUCCGUUUUAAUUACUUUGACGGUAUAUUUAACGAUCAGUAAUGCUAGCAUAGAUUCGUUUUUUUUUCUUCCGGCAGUUUAAUCUUAAGUCGUGAAUUGUGUAACCUUGUGGGUGGAAAACAUUGCGUACGAAUAUUUUGAUACUUGUGUAGCAAAAUGUGUAUUGAUUGUGCUAUUGAACUGGGGGGAUCUAUUGAAUGAUCUUUUUAAUAUAAAAUUGUUGAAUACUUCGGCAUAUGAUUAUGGAAUGCACUGUCUGAGGGGGGAAUAUGUUGCGCUCCCUGGCUGGCUGACGGUUGGAAUUGGUUUUAGACUCGUACAAUAGAUUGUAUUGUUAACACAAACACACCCCGCAAAUAUUGAAUAUACAUCCUAUCUGAUUAUUUAUGACUUAUUAUUGUCUUUUUGUUUAGUUGCUUUAGUGCCAAGAACUUAAACUUUCGAUGAUGAUGAUGAUCUGUCGCCGAAUCAAAGCUUUUGGAGCAAAUGUAAAACGCUAGUACUAUUCGAAUUAAUCACAGGAAAGUGUACAGUUCGAUGGUGUGUAAAAACAACCUAUUUCCAAAAGCAGAAAUAAUGCUUAAGAUCAGGAAAUUGAAAAUAAGGUAGAUGAAACAAAACAGUUAAUUGUGUCACAUUUAUGAACGGGAGACAGCGUGAGAAAAAAGAAUAUUAAUUUGAAUAAAUCGUACCUGGUAGUUUGUACUGUAAAGAUAAAAUGCAAUUAAAAAUGGUAAGCCGCUUGCUAAAAAGUGUUUAGAGCAUAGGAACAAAGAAUAUACGUUUGCAUAUAGCUCGGUCAGUUAUACUUCUAGAUCAUCAGAACUUGCAAACUUCGGUUAUUAAUUGCGUAAGCGCCAGAACACUAUGUUGAUGAAACGGCGAAGCACUUAUAUUAUGUAUGAACAAACAAUAUAGUAGUGAAACAAACACUUCAAUAGUAGAAUGAGUUUGAUGAAAAUUCACGCUUCACGUGUCAUGCUGUUUUAGACUUUAUCUGCAAAAAGAAAAGGGUGAUUACCCAAAUCACCUGCGCGGGGUGUAAUCAAAAAGCAAAUGAAAUUUACCACUUAUCCAAUAAGAAAAGCAAAUGAAC